CUGAGGACUUGGGCUGUAUAUAAGGAAUGGCUCCUGCCUACUACUGUACACUUUCCCGUCUUUCCUUCUCCGGAGACUUGGGAGCUAGGAAGAACCAUGAAGUGGCUGCUCCUGCUUACUUUGGUGGCGCUCUCUGAAUGCAGCGCCUUCAAGAUCCCACUCGUCAAAAAGAAGUCCUUGAGACGGAACCUGAUAGAGAAUGGCAAGCUGAAGGAAUUCAUGCAGACACACAAAUACAACCUGGCCAGCAAGUACUUCCCGGAGACCGCCACCUUGGUGUCUGACCAGCCCCUUCAGAACUACCUGGAUACGGAGUACUUCGGCACCAUCGGCAUCGGCACCCCCGCUCAGGACUUCACCGUCAUCUUUGACACCGGCUCCUCCAACCUGUGGGUGCCCUCCAUCUACUGCUCCAGCGAGGCCUGCACCAACCACAACCGCUUCAACCCUGAAGAUUCCUCCACCUAUGAGGCCACCAGCGAGACACUGUCCAUCACCUACGGCACCGGCAGCAUGACGGGCAUCCUUGGAUACGACACUGUCCAGGUCGGAGGCAUCACCGACACCAACCAGAUCUUUGGCCUGAGUGAGACAGAGCCCGGCUCCUUCCUGUACUACGCUCCCUUCGACGGCAUCCUGGGUCUCGCCUACCCCAGCAUCUCCUCCUCCGGGGCCACCCCUGUCUUUGACAACAUAUGGGACCAGGGUCUGGUUUCCCAAGACCUCUUCUCCGUCUACCUGAGCAGCAACGAAGAGAGCGGCAGCGUGGUGAUAUUUGGUGACAUCGACUCUUCUUACUACUCGGGAAGUCUGAACUGGGUGCCUGUUUCUGUUGAGGGCUAUUGGCAGAUCACUGUGGACAGCAUCACCAUGAAUGGAGAGUCCAUCGCUUGCAGCGACGGCUGCCAGGCCAUUGUUGAUACCGGUACCUCUCUGUUGGCCGGCCCAACCACUGCCAUUUCCAAUAUUCAGAGCUACAUUGGAGCCAGCGAGGAUUCCUCUGGCGAAGUGGUGAUCAGCUGCUCUUCCAUCGACAGCCUGCCCGACGUUGUCUUCACCAUCAAUGGUGUCCAGUACCCUGUGCCCCCCAGUGCCUACAUCCUGCAGAGCGACGGGGUCUGCUCCAGUGGGUUCGAGGGCAUGGAUGUCUCCACCUCCUCCGGGGACCUCUGGAUCCUGGGUGAUGUCUUCAUCCGCCAGUACUACACCGUCUUCGAUAGGGCCAACAACCAGAUCGGCCUGGCUCCCGUGGCCUGAGCCCACGUGGUUCCAGCCACUUCCAGGAAGAUCCCUCCCUGAUUCUGCCCCUGAUCUUUGAUGUAGAUAAUUCUCCUGGUUGUUCCUCCUCUGGGAUCCUGGAGGUGGAAUCUUGGCCCUGUUCCCGGUCACGUCAAUAAAGUAGAAUAAAUCAUAACCUCCUGGAAAA